AUGUGUCAGGCACCACCCGAGGUGCUGGGACCAUUUGGGGCGUUCACUGCCCUGCUGUCCAAUCCGUGUCCCAGUACUGAAUGUGGAAAACGCUCUCUCCUCUCUUGCAGGCGCCGGCUAGGUCCCCACGUCUGCCUCUCGGGGUUCGGGAGUGGCUGCUGUCCCGGCUGGGCACCCUCCAUGGGCAGUGGGCACUGCACCUUGCCCCUCUGCUCCUUUGGUUGUGGGAGUGGCAUCUGCAUCGCUCCCAAUGUCUGCUCCUGCCAGGAUGGAGAGCAAGGGGCCACCUGCCCAGAAGCCCAUGGACCCUGCGGGGAGUACGGCUGUGACCUUACCUGUAACCAUGGCGGCUGUCAGGAGGUGGCCCGCGUGUGCCCCCUGGGCUUCUCGAUGACAGAAACAGCUGUUGGCAUCAGGUGUACAGACAUCAAUGAGUGCUUAAGCUCCUCUUGUGAGGGCCACUGCGUGAACACAGAAGGCGGGUUUGUGUGUGAGUGUGGGCCAGGCAUGCAGCUGUCUGCCGACCGCCACAGCUGUCAAGACACGGACGAAUGCCUAGGGACCCCUUGUCAGCAGAGGUGUAAAAACAGCAUUGGCAGCUACAGGUGUUCCUGUAGAAGUGGCUUCCAUCUUCAUGGCAACCGGCACUCCUGUAUAGAUGUAAACGAGUGUCGGCGGCCGCUGGAGAGGCGAGUCUGUCACCAUUCCUGCCACAACACCGUGGGCAGCUUCCUAUGCACGUGCAGACCUGGGUUCAGGCUCCGACCUGACCGCGUGUCCUGUGAAGCUUUCCCGAAAGCGGUGCUGGCCCCGUCCGCUAUCCUGCAGCCCCUGCAGCAACCCCCCAAGAAGCUACUGCUGCUGCCUGAGGCUGGCCGGCCGGCCCUGUCCCCAGGACACAGCCCUACUCCUGGGGCACCAGGGCCCCCAACGGGAGUCAGAACCACCUGCCUGCCGCCUCCCACCCCAGCACUACUCACGUCCUCCUCUCCUGCCCUGACACAGCUGCAUUCUACCACGAUGGCCACCCCCAUGCCCAGCGUCUCCCUGCUGGGGAGCCCCAGGCCUCCCUCCCUGCUCCAGGGGGAAGCAGUAGUGACUCCUUCCCUGCCCCAGGGCCCUGAGGCUGACACAUGGCUGGCUCCGGGGCCCUCUUCCUGCUGGCACCAGGGAGCCAUGCAUGAGCCAGGGAGCCACUGGACAGCGCCUGGGUGUAGCCAGUGCCGGUGUGAGGACGGGCAAGUGACCUGUGGAAAGGUGAUUUGUGACACUGACUGUUCCCACCCGAUUCCCGCCAGAGAUGGGGGUUGUUGCCCAAUGUGCACAGGCUGUUUUCACAGUGGCGUCAUCCGAAUGGAAGGCGAAGUGUUUUCCCCUCCCAAUGAGAACUGCACCGUCUGUGUCUGUCUGGCUGGAAACGUGUCCUGCAUCUCCCCCGAGUGUCCUCUCGGCCCCUGCCAGAGCCCCCCAGAGUCGGAUUGCUGUACUUGUGUUCCAGUGAGGUGCUAUUUCCAUGGCCGGUGGUAUGCGGAUGGCGCUGUGUUCAGUGGGGGUGGUGACGAGUGCACCACCUGUGUCUGCCAGAAUGGGGAGGUGGAAUGUUCCUUCACGCCAUGUCCAGAGCUGGACUGCCCCCGUGAGGAAUGGUGGCUGGGCCCUGGACAGUGCUGCUUCACCUGCCGGGAGCCCAUGCCCAUGACAGGCUGCUCUCUUGACGACAAUGGGGUUGAGUUUCCGAUUGGACAGAUCUGGUCGCCUGGUGAUCCCUGUGAGUUAUGCAUCUGCCAGGCAGACGGCUCGGUGAGCUGCAAGAGGACAGACUGUGUGGACUCCUGCCCUCACCCAAUUCGGAUUCCUGGACAGUGUUGCCCAGACUGUUCAGCAGGCUGCACCUACAUGGGCAGAAUCUUCUACAACAACGAGACCUUCCUGUCUGUGCUGGACCCCUGCCUGAGCUGCAUCUGCCUGCUGGGUUCGGUGGCCUGCUCGCCCUUGGACUGCCCCAUCACGUGCACCUACCCUUUCCACCCUGACGGGGAGUGCUGCCCAGUGUGCCAAGACUGCAACUACGAGGGAAGGAAGGUGGCGAAUGGGCAGGUGUUCACCUUGGAUGAUGAGCCUUGCACCCAGUGCACCUGCCAGCUGGGAGAAGUGAGCUGUGAGAAGGUCCCCUGUCAUCAGGGCUGUGCAGACCCCCCUACGCGCCCCGGGGACUGCUGCUCCUCCUGCCGAGAGUCCCUGUUCCUUCUGGAGGAAAGACCAAGGCUUCGCCCUCAUGGAAAUGUGGGGUUCGGCAAAGCUGUCCGGAGCCCCCACGAGGACAUGGAGGGCCCCCUGAGUUCUGUCAACUGCACCGCCUGCCUGGGGCCCCCAACAGUGUCAUCUCAGAGGCCAGCACUCCCUCUCUUCCAGCUCCUCUUAAGAAUGAACUUGUCAAAUAUGCGGACUUCACUGACAAGCCGCUCAGGAGCCCAGGCCUCGCACUUAGCCCCUUUGGGGCCAGGAGAAAUGAUCCCAGGGGAGCCCAGGGACUCCCAGCCCCCUGAGUCCUCCUCAGGGCCCUCCAUCCCUCCGGGAACCCACACUCUACCUCUAGCCUCUCCAGGGGUUCCUUGGCCACCUCCAAUUAUGCAUGAGCUCUCCUCAGCCUCCGAGGCCCGGACCACAUCCAGGCGGCCUUCCCUGCCUGCUACCACCCUGAAUGAAGCAUCGUCACUUUCCACGAUCGCCCCCAGCCCCUCAGAGGGCCCUGUGACCUCCUUCAGGCCUCGCAGACUCUCCCCCACCUCCAGACUCUCUGCGGCCCUCACAGCCACCACCGGCCCCACCCCACAAAAACCCACAACCUCAAGGGAGAAGGAGUCCACUGUGUAAGCAGGUCUCAACUUCCGGAAGACGGACAGAGGAAACUGCCAGCGGCCCAGCAGGCAUGCAGGCGGCUCUGGGGCGAACCUGGCUGGUGAUGCCAGUGCUCAUUCCUGCAGGGCUCCUGUGGGAGUGGAGGAGCCCACCUAGGCCAGAUGUAGCCUGUUCCCAAGAAGCAUUUCGAGCGUGGUAUGAGAAUUGAGCAAACUGUGUUCUUCGUGGUCAGUACCCUCCCUGGACCACGGUUGGUGUGAUUUUUGCAGAAAAGCUGGCGGCUGCCGGGCCUCCUUCUUCCUGGGGAGAGUCAGAUAGGGCUAGGGGUUCCCCUGCGACUGUGUCACCUGCCGUCAUGCAUUCUAACCUGAGAUCUCGCAAUUAAAGGUCACCUCCGUUUCUCCCAGGCUGCCCUGCUCAUUCACUUCUUGCCUCUGGGAAGGUGGGAAAACUUUACCCCAAGCCCACAUGUGGUAAGCCAGUUCCCCAUCUCAGCCCCCCAGCUUGGGAGAAACUCCAGCUUGGAACCCAGGAGGAGCUCUGAAUCCCACACGAAACGGUCUAGGUUGGGAGGGGUCUCAUGUAGGCACCUGCUGGCCUGCCUCUCAGUGUUGGACAGUGUCUUAGUCAGGGUUCUCUAGAGAAACAGAACCAGAUAUCUAUCUGGUUCUAUAUAUAUUUAUGUGAAGCCUGGUGGCACAG